UUGUUGGCCAUGUACUGUCGUAUUGGCCGAGGUCGUUGCAAUAGCUCUCGGCUAAAUACAAAAUUAAUUUUUCUUUUAUCUGCGUUUUCAGAUUAUGAAAUCAGUUAUGCUGGAUUCGAAGCAAUAGCUUUUGCUGGUCAUUGCGUUAAAGACGAGGAUUCUAGUGAACUCUGCAGUAAGACCAUUGAGGGCGUUCGUAAAUACGUUACUGCAAUUCAAGAAGAGGACGAUGCCACUGUUGAUAAAAUGGAGAACAUUUUCCUGAACUACGGCGAACAAUUCAAAUGUGGAGUGUUAGGUCAUAUAAGGGAUGAAGUAUUCAGAGCACUUACGCGAUGUGACACAAUCACCCAUAAGGUAAUCUCGGAAAACAUAGAAAUUAUUCUUGGCAUUAAUGACAUGGUUACUGACCACUGUGGAAGACGUAAUUCUGAGCUGGCUGAAAUGGAAGCAGGUUUUGAACAAGAGAAUAAAAGGAAACUUUUGAAGCAGGCGUUAUUUGAUCUUCACAAAAAGAAGUAAAUACUUCCAAGUUCCAAUCAUGCUGGCAAGAAAUCGACCAGAAUUUGCUAUACAAUGACCAGUUGCAUUUGAAACUUUCGAUGAUUUCUUAUUUAAAUGUGAAGUUACUCUUUAUAAUUAAAAGCAUCAUAUUGCAAAGAACACUCAAAUGAAUUGUUUCCAUUUUGAACUUUUUAAUGACUGCUUAAAUAUAGAUAACAUUACUUCUUGCCAGUAAGCGAUUUUGAGACGAAAACAGACACGCAAAAUGGACAUGAGUCAGAAACAAAAAAAAAAUUAAAUUCUGCUUUGGGAAGGGCAUACCAUGCAACACGACAUGUUAAAUAUUUGGUUACAGUAAAAUGCAAAACAUUUUGGUGUAUCAUUUUACAAAACAAAUCUGUAAGUAUAUAUGGGUAUUAAGUUAACAAUACAAUUACAUUGAAAUACCCAAGAAACAGGUCCGUUUAAAUUUCAAGUCGGACUGUUAUUCGAUUACUUUAAUUACUAUACUAGCUAGUGAUGUGAAACUUUUAACAGGAACAGUGACUUCUAUACUCAAGUUCUGGAAACCCUCUAAACGAUUUUUAUAACGAUACUAUGGUUUUUUCAAACUUUCAUAGAAACAUUGAACACUAAAUAAACAAUUUGCAGAAACUUUAAAAGAAACAUUUCGUAAUAACUUUGGCAAAAAAAGUUUUCUUAAAACUUUUAUGCAGAGAAUUAUAUCUUAACAAUUAUUUUCUCUCUUUAUAUAGUUCAGAAACCAGUCAAACUUUCUGUUUUGCUGCAACAUGUACAUGUUUAUUUUUAGAGGAAUAAAGUAAAGUGUUGCAUGGUACCUUUUUCAGCUUCUUUUACUAUGUUAUGUUUUUUUCUGUCCACAUGUUGUUAUAUUUUGGUUUUUUAUAUGUAUGAUUGUUACCAAUAGUUUUAUAUAGAGCUAUAUAUGUUAUUCGGUUUGCGUUGAAUACGUAACAGUCUACCCCUUAUUAUUUAAGGCAUCGAAUCUGUUAAUUAAAACGUUUUCCUGUCUGUUUGGUGUGGUUUGUCCUGAACAAAAUAAUACUAUAUCGUAAGUUUUGCAUUAUUUAGACUAGAAAAUCUACUGUUUAAUCCACAUUUUCCGUAACAAAUUUGUUUCCCUAGAUUUUAAACAAAAACAUCUGCAGGAUUUUUGAAUUGUCAGUUUAUCUAAACUAAAUGUAAAUUUCGACCAAUCUGGACACCAUAAAUAAUUUAUUUAAAUUUUGGAUAAUUUGUUGAUGGAUAGUUAUAUGUGCAUGUCUUAAAUAGCGUGAAUGUAAAAUUUCAAUGAAAGAAAAUGUAAACUCUAAACAAUAAUGUAAACAUUUCUAAACCGAUAUUUUAAAAAAUUGUGUUUUGUCCGAUUUUUACAAUGGGAAUAAGACAUUUUUUGUGGCCAUAGAAUUAACACUUAUCGAUUAUUACCACCUUACUGACCACCAAAUUGAGUAGUAGUUUGUAAUUGACAGGCAGAAUGCUACAUUAUCAUAUACUUAUAAAAGACUUCUACGAACGAACCCAGCAGAAUUCUAAAUUCGACGAAAAGAAAAUAUCAAUUAUAAUUCAAAUGAUUUAGUAAAUGAUAGAGAUCACAAAAUAUUAUGGUACAGUUGUACGACAGUUUGUUUUUCCAAGGCAGAACACCCACGUAUCAGACUGUACUUGUUUCAAAAUACAUGAUAUCGAAGUUUACAUUUAUAAGAUAUGACUAAUUUUUGUAUCAGAAGUUUGUGUGUAUACUAGGAUUGUCCCAUGUGAAUUUGUCUUCGUUCUGUUUUCCUUUUCUAAUAAACUUCUUCAUGCUUUUGA